UAUACCGAGAAACAAUAAACCCUUAAAGACGAUACUUCACUUUAAUAAUUGUAAAAAUAAGCACGUCGGUGAGAAAAAACAUUUUCCCGAACUUUUAUAAGGGGCGUGAAGGCAACACAAGGAAACGUUGGCGACAAGUAAGUUGAGGGCACAAGAUAACUUAGUUCCUGAGCUUUGUCUUUCAGGUAACUCUUCCGCCUACUCGUUCGACAGAAAACAAAAUCUAGUGUGUGAGCAGAUAGAAGACAGAAGCCAUUAAACGGCAUGUGGAGCUUUGGUUUUUCAGGUGCAGGUCUACAAGGAGUGUUUUGGAUAUAGUGAGAUUUUAGUAUUAAAAUGUCAAAGACUUAGAUCCAAUUUAAUUCUCAACCUGAGAAAAGAUGCUUCCUGAAAAGCUCAACUCAGGGAAAAGUACCUAAUUUUCCAGGAAGCGGAUGUUGUUGACGUUUGCAUCGGAGCGACAUCCGGUUUGUACGGCAGCUAGCUUAACGUAACAGCAAUAUACGGUGGCUUUAUCAACUUAAUAACCAAAGGGAUAGACAAUAUAGUUCAGUCAGAUUCUUUGCUUAACAAUGGAGAAGGGUGUUCUUAAUUCGUCUUGUAUCUCCGAUUUACCCGUCGCCAAUAGCCUGGGUAGUUAGCACACCAGGCUAACUGGCUAAUUAAACCCUGACAAGUGCUCGGCUUUUCGUCUGACUAGCGGACGAAAGAAAUCUGUCAAGAGAAGGAAAUCAUUAACUCAUAUCUAUAAAGGUAGACACGCCAGAGUGAUAACAGGAGCUGGCGUGGUCCGGAGCCUCCAGGACCUCUUGGUUUGCGUUUUGCAUUAAUGUGCUGUUGUAGCUACUUUUAAGUAAGAGGGACUUUAAACACAAAUAAGAACAGGACUUUUAACUCGGCGUUGCUUGAUUUGGUUUAACGGUGAGUCAUGAAGCUAUUCGUCGUCCUUUAUACUUGAAAAGUCUUGGUCUUGAUCGCUGUGUGGUGGAGAGGACAAGUGGGAAACGGCGUUUUUAUUUUCACGUUUAGCCUUCUGAAUUAAUUUGAUUAGGUGUUGUUUUUUUUAAAGGCCGGUAUAAAUGUUCCGUCAGUGUUUCACAUGUCAAUGCGUCACAUGUCCUGGAUGCAGUGGUCCCAGGUGACAGCUUGGAAAAGUAAACAGGUGUGACACACCAACCUGCUUACAGGAGCAGGAGCAAGUUUGCACUACAGUUAAUUCCUGGUACUCAUUUGCACUUGGAUUACACUUAGAGAUCUGGGUACUUGAAAUAGCAACAUUCCUAUAAACAAUUAAUAACAUUUUUACCUUGGGGACAAACAGAUAAUAGUCACUGGUCAGGUGGAGUUCAAGUGGCCAAAACUGAGGAACAAACUAGGAUUGUGUCCGUUGGAUCGUUAGCAGAUACCUCACAGACAAAGCCUUAAAAGUGAGUAAACAUGAUAUCAGAAGUAGAAACUAAUGGGAUCGUGUAAGUUUGCGUUAUUUUUGUUAUUUAAGUCGGUGUUAUUUGUUCGGUUAGGGCAGUGGUAAUGACUAAAUAUUUACGCAGUGCCUGACUCAGAACUGAGCUGUAGUUGUAUGUCUAUCGCUUCAAUUUUGCCUACGCACAACAAUGCCGCAAGUACUGUUUUUAUGGAUGCUUUUCGGAGCAUUGUGCAGCCUCGGAAAGACCAUGUCACGGGAGGAGAAGCACAGGUUGAGGAACCAAGUGGUUGAGAUGUUUGAUCAUGCAUAUCAAAAUUAUAUGGACCAUGCAUACCCAGCAGAUGAGCUGAUGCCUCUAACGUGCAGAGGAAGAGUACGUGGCCUUGAACCGAGUCGAGGAGACAUAGAUGAUGCACUUGGCAAGUUUUCUCUGACCCUCAUCGACACUUUGGAUACUUUGGUGCUUUUAAAUAAGACGACAGAAUUUGAGGCCGCAGUGAGGAGAGUCCUCUCAGAUGUGAGGCUGGACAAUGACAUUGUAGUGUCGGUCUUUGAAACCAACAUUCGAGUCCUUGGAGGUCUUCUGGGAGGCCACUCCAUGGCUGUGAUGCUGAAAGAGGGAGGCCAACACAUGCAGUGGUAUCAGGAUGAGCUCCUGCAUAUGGCCAAAGACAUAGGACUCCGACUGCUGCCCGCCUUCAACACCAGCAGUGGCCUGCCUUAUCCCAGGGUGAACUUGAAAUACGGUGUCAGGGGUCCUGAGACAAGAACAGGCACAGAAACUGACACCUGUACAGCGUGUGCAGGAACCAUCAUCCUGGAGUUUGCUGCCUUAAGCCGCUUCACUGGGGACCCUGUGUUUGAGGCCCAUGCCCGGAGAGCCCUGGACUUUCUGUGGGAGAAGAGACAGAGAAACAGCAAUCUGGUGGGAACCACUAUCAACAUCCACUCUGGAGAGUGGGUCAGAAGAGACAGCGGAGUAGGAGCAGGAAUUGAUUCGUACUAUGAAUACCUGCUAAAGGCCUACAUCCUCUUGGGAGAUGACCUAUUUCUGCAGCGUUUCAAUAUUCACUAUGCAUCUAUUAUGAAGUACAUUAGUCAACCUCCUCUGCUGCUGGAUGUCCACAUCCACAAACCUCUUCUUCCCGCUCGCACUUGGAUGGACUCUCUGCUGGCGUUCUUCCCAGGGCUGCAGGUGUUGAAGGGAGACAUCCGCCCCGCCAUCGAGACUCAUGAGAUGUUGUACCAAGUUACCAAAAAACACAACUUCCUCCCAGAGGCAUUCACUACUGAUUUCAGGGUACACUGGGCCCAACAUCCCCUGAGACCUGAGUUUGCAGAGAGCACCUAUUUCCUUUACAAGGCCACAGGAGACCCUUACUACCUGGAGGCAGGUCGCACCAUCCUGGACAACCUCAACCGCUUUGCUCGUGUUCCCUGCGGCUUUGCUGCAAUGAAGGAUGUGCGCACCGGGAGCCACGAGGACAGGAUGGACUCGUUCUUCCUCGCAGAGAUGUUCAAAUAUCUGUUCCUGCUGUUUGCUGAAGGGGAGGACCUGCCGUUUGACGUAGAGGACUACGUCUUCACAACUGAGGCCCACCUGCUGCCCCUGUCACUCUCCACAGCCCCUCACUCCCCGUCCGUUCCCGUAAACAGAACGUCAGAAGAGGAGCUGGACGACUCGAACUUCGACUGGACGUGCCCCAACACUCGCCUCCUGUUUCCAGACCCCGCCUUCCCUCGGAACCUGAGAGAUCCAAUCCGUAGUGUGAUUGACAAGAGCUGCCCUCGACCUACCCCUUACAGGGAACCUGGUAUGGGGCGUCCUCCCCUGAGGGCUCAGGAUUUCAUGGCAAACAAUCUGGAACAUCUGGAGCUGCUGAGGAGGAUGGGAGUCAGUCUCAUCCACCUGAAAGACGGCAGGGUGCAGCUGGUCCAGCAUGCUACGCAGGCGGUGAGUGCUGUAGCGGCAGAGGACGGCGUGCGUUUCAUGCAGGAGAUGAUGGAGCUGUCCAGCCAGCAGCAGAAGGAGCAGCUUCCUCCCAGAGCCAUCCAGAUCGUCUCCCAUCCUUUCUUCGGCAGGGUCGUGCUGACUGCAGGCCCAGCGCAGUUUGGCACAGACCUGUCUAAAAGUUCCACCGGGGUGCGGGGAUUUGUCACAGUGGCUGAACCCUACAGUGGUUGCACUGAAAUCACCAAUGCCGAGUACAUCCAGGGCCGCAUUGCUCUGCUGCAGAGGGGUCAGUGCAUGUUUGCAGAGAAGGCCAGGCACAUCCAGAAGGCCGGGGCCAUUGGAGGCAUAGUCAUUGACGAUAACGAGGGCAGCAGCAGCGACACGGCUCCCCUGUUUCAAAUGGCUGGCGACGGCCGCAGCACAGAUGACAUCACCUUGCCCCUCCUCUUCCUGUUCCACAAGGAGGGCAACAUCCUCUUGGAGGCGCUGAAGGAGUACAGAGAGGUGGAAGUGCUGCUGAGUGACAAAGCCAGAGACAGAGCUGCCAUAUUCAAAGGUAAACCUCUUCCUGGAAGCCUGAUUGAGGGCAGUGUGGAGGCGCAAGAAGCAGAGGAGGACUGCUUAACUGAGGCAACAACUCCCACCUCAUUUGAGCCUAUAGGCCAAUCGCAAAUGAGCACAUUGGAGCUGGACGAAUCGGCUCCUGAGGAAGUGGCUUCAUCACAGGAGGAAGUUAGUCCUGUGGAUGAAGACACUAGUCCUGCAGAGGAAGUUAGUGCUCCUAGAGAGGAAGCUAGUCCUGUAGAGGCAGAGGCUAAUUUGUCUCAGCCUGAAGAGGAGAGAGACUCUGAGAGGAGAGAGGAGCCUGAGGUACCCGGCAGCACAGACUCAAGCAACCAGUCAGUGGAUGAGCUGCUGGCUGAUUGGCAGGAGGACUUGGAGGCGUUCCAGCAGAUGGAGAAGGAUGAGCUCUGACAGUCGUUAGACCCCCUGACUGUGCUUUGAACCCGCCAUGGGCAGAGACCUGGAGUGAGUACAUCUUCACACGUCACCAGCCUCAGUGUGAUGAACUCAAAGGAAGCUCUUGAAGGUUUCUUAUCUUGCCCUCUGUGAAUGGUGUCACGUGCCAAGGCAACCCAUAUACUGUAUCCCUGGACCAGAAGGGAGUGUGUUUUUUGUUGUUUUUUUUUUUUUUUUAGAUAGAACGUGAUGAUGGCUAAGAAACCAGGUUUCUUACCUCACUCUCUCAUAUGGUUUCUGUCAUAACAAAUCCUAAUGAAUGACAUGGACCAGACAGUGUGUAACCGCAUUUCACUUUCCAGUCAGAAUUACUCCUCACACUGUUAUUUUUUUCUAUGCAUCUCUGAUGACUUCUGCUCAAUUGAAUGCUGGUCCAACGACUACUUUCUGACUUGUUAAUCCAUUGACCAAUUAAUUUUAUUUAAAUGUGAUAUUUGUGAUGAUAGAUUUGCAUUUUCAAAUGAACCUAAUCAUAUAUACCCGUUUUUGAGGAUUAAGGACUUCAUUGAUUUCAUCGGUGGUGAUUAAGAUGCUUUACGGCAGACAAACCCAAAACCAAACUUGAUCUCUGCGGAUGGUCUAUGACGUCAUGUAUCAAUGUAUAUAUGUAUUUUUCGGGUUGAAUUGACUGAGAUAAUAUAGUGGUGUUCGCUCAGGUUCUGGAUCACCCCACAAACAACAGCCUCUGGACCACAUUGGGUGAUGAAGACACACCCUCGACGACGUGAUGGGAUGGAUCACACACCGUAUAGGCCGCCACGGGGGGGCGCUAUGUGAUCUAUCUGUCAUGCCAGGAGCUGAUCUGUCAGUCAUGUUAAACUGACGGCAAGGAGCAGAAAUAAACCAAUAAAUUGACAGGAUCAAAUGAAAUAAAAUUCAGAGGGAAACGGGA